AUGAAAACCCUGGGCAAAAGCCUCAAGAGGCUGGUCACAGUUAUCUGGGGCGAUGUAGAAACCAACGACUUAUGGAAGCAGAUCAUCAAGUGUUCUAUCGCUUGUACUCUUUCAACCAUCACGGUCAUAAUUCCUCGAGCUGCUCAGGCCUUGGGUACCGCAACAUUUCUUGCCCCAAUGGCUACCACCUUUGCUCAUCCAGGUCAACGAUUGGGCGUUAUGAUCGAAUCUCUCCUUAUGGUCCUGCUGGGUUCAUUGCUUGGGCUCGGGUGGUCCAUCUUAGGCAUCUUCCUCGCUUCUCUCGUUUCCGAAGAGAACUUAACAGCGGCAUAUGCUAUUCAGGGAAUUUUUCUUGCUGUAGCAUCCAUGGUCCAUGGCUACAUAAGAUCUGCCAGUCCUCGUGUCUUUCUAUUCGUCGCCUUUUUCCUUAUUUCAUGUCUGGUUGUGUUGCUUCACAACAAUCCUCAAGUGUCAUGGAAACUUUUCACCAACGUCUAUUACCCGAUUUUGAUUGGUUGUGGUAUUUCUUUUUUCGUCAACCUGUUGAUGUUUCCAGAGUUAUCAAGCAGCUAUCUUGGUCUUUCUACCAUUGAUGCUCUUUGUGAAACAAUGGAUACACUCACUCGAGCUACGCAUUGGUUUAUCACCCCUGGUGGUAACUCUUAUGAGGAACUGGAUCAAAUUCCCCUUACUAUGACACACACGGCCAAGAGCCUGCCGAUAAAACCAAAGCAAAAGAACGGACGUGUUCGUAAAUUCUUAAACCGAUUGUCGAAGCCGUUCCCCAAUCCCUUUCGACCGCCCCAGAAUCGCUACAAGGCUUCUACCGAGCCUGUCGGUCUUACAAAUCUUUCAAGUCUGGCGAAAAAGAAGGACAAGCUCCGUGCUCGUCUUGCUCGUUGCAAAGCUGCGCAGAGGGAGGUUAAUUAUGAACUCUCUAUAUCAGCCCUUCCUCCGAGCAGCAUGAAACCAUUGAGCACCUUACAGAUGGGCAACCUUGUUCAGAACACCAUCACCAUCAUUGGAGCCUGUGAGAACAAGUAUGUUGUACUGGAAAACGAUGACAGGUAUGAAGACGACGAUGUCUCGUCAAGUGAACGCUCCUCCAGCGAGCAUUCUGGAAUCAGGCGCAUGAAUACCUUCGACAACUACGUUCAGAAAGUCGAGCAAGCAAAGCCUGUCAGAGAGAUCGAAGCCAGCAGUGCAAAUUUACUUGAGUCAAUCGUCGAGCGUAUUCGUGAACCUGUUCGGGAAUUUGAGGCUCAAAUGAAGGAAGCUGUGCGCCUGGUCAUCGUGUGUGUCGCCUAUUGCUAUGAUGUACGGUGGCUGCCCUCAGGGGCACCGGCACCCAAAGGAAUCCGCCUUGAGGAGUUGGAUUUCAGGAUCGACCUCUUCAUAGAAGCUAUCACAAAUUUUGAUUCUAGCUGCACGAUGGAGCUUCGACGUUCAGCCAUGGAUAAGAGUGGGCAUAGUAUCGACUUCAUGCCUCGGCUAGAAACGUUUCUGAUCUCUUCGUUUGUGCUUGGCCUACGCCAGUCUGCGACACAGGUUUUGCAGAUGUUGAAACAUGUCCGAAAAACCGUAGAGCAGCGGAAAGCUCGAAACAACAGGGCCUCGGUCUGGUUUCCACAGCACACCAACAUCCAGCAAUGGUUGACAUCGGGUGGUGAAAGUGACGGAUUUGUCCUCCCACAAGCGGCUCGCAAGCAGGCUCGUCGGGGUAAGGCCUCGCCGGGAUCUAAGUCCAAAGUCCAUACACAGCACGGAGGUAAAGAUGGGAAGCCCGCACUGGCCAAAGUCAUAGACGAGGAGAAAGGUAUUCGCUUUGCAGAGCCAGAACCUCAGAUGAGCCAGAGAAAUGUCAUUGGAAGCAGACAAGAAACAGAAAGAUCGGAUACGAUGACCACCAGCAAACUCCUCAAGAUGAGAGGAAAGGCAGCCGACAUACUCGAAUGGAUACAGGACUCCGAGGACCUUUUGUAUGCUUGCAAGCUUACAGUUGCUCUUCUUCUACUCAGUUGGCCGGCAUUGACGAGCUCCUAUGGCGAGUGGUACCAGAUGAUACGGGGUAUCUGGGCACCAAUGCAAUUGUUUCUUGUCUUUGAGGUGGCGAUAGGAACGUCCUUCCACGUAUUCGUAGUUCGUCUUGCUGGUGUCGUAUUCGGCUGCACUAUUGGAUAUCUGUCUUAUCUGAUCGGAAGUGGCAGUAGAGUCGCCAUGGUUCUUAUUCUGAUAGCAGGUAUUAUUCCAUCUUUUUACAUUCAACUCGGCACGAAGUAUGUCAAGGCGGGUAUGGUCGCUACUGUUUCCAUGGUCGUGGUUGCAAUUGGUACCAUGAACGGCUCCGAUUCGGCUUCAGAGAACUUCUAUAAGCGAUUAACUGCAUUUGUUGUUGGCGGUAUCGUUGCUUUAGUCGUGGAGCUUGUCUUAUAUCCAGUGAGAGCUAGGGAUCGACUGGUCGAAUCACUCUCUGCCUCAGUCAAGCAGAUCGAGAACAUGCAAUAUGCAAUGGCGGUUGGGUUGGAUAGCCCAAUCAAGCCCGACUUCCGGGAUCCUGGUCUUCACAAACGUUUUGUUCAUGCAAGAAACAAAGCUAGAGGCGCGCUUGCUGCAGCAGAGACGUUUCUUCCUUUCUGCUCUACAGAACCACGUCUAAAAGGGAGUUUCAAACCGCUUAAGUUUUUAUAUACGGAGAUGGUCUUUGUGUUGCAUCAGAUCAUUGACAGAAUGGACACCGCGGUAUUGCUGCGAAAAGAGUAUGGUUCAUCGGUGUUAGAAGACUUGAAUCCCCAAGUUCAUGCCUAUCGACGCAAUGUGGCCUCCAGCAUCACACUCACUCUUUUCUCUGUGAGCGAAGCCCUAAAAUUAUGGCAGCCUCUACCACAAUUUCUCCCAUCUAUUCGACUGGCACAGCUGCGUCUGAUCAACCACGUUCGUGAAAUCAUUGCGUCACGAAGUGGUACGCAGACGCCUGCAGGUGGACCACCAAGUAUAUUUAAUGAGAAUGGGGAGCUCGCUGAGCAAAUCGCAUACUUGAUCACUCAGAAACGAUUUCUUUCUUGGAAUGCCAGUACGUCUGGUCAAAUGGAGAUUAUCGAAUAUCUUGAAGAACUUGUUACACUCACUAAAUAUCUUGUGGGCGAAAAUUCUUUCCGCAGUGGUCUACUAGAAAGGCCCUCCUACGACAAUUACCAAAAACGUACACACGCAAACCGCCUCCCUCUUUCCCGUAUGCCCACCGCGGAGAGUGACGCUGCUGGUGUCCCAGCUGAGGAAGUGCCCACAGCUCCUUCGAUCUUUGCCCCGAUAGAGAGUAGGGUUAGUGGGCUGCGGCGAACGCAGACUAUCCGUCGAGCAAACCAUCCUGGAGGACGAUUUGACAGAACAGAGAGCAAUGAGAAAGCGGUGGACAGUGACAGUGAAGAGGAUAUACCCAUGAGUCUUCAGAGAGUCGGAAGCCGGUUAUGUGAUAACAACACAGCAAUUCGGCGACGAACUAUUACUCUAAGUCAAGAUGACAGAUAG